AUGGCGCCAAAGGUACAACAGCGCUCUCCAGCACCCGCACCAGCACCAGCACCAGCACCUGAGCCGGCCACAUCCCCAAAGCAACAGCAACAACAGGCACGAGACGACGAGUCGGCGGCGGCAUCGCGGACUCUCGAGCUCGUCGCGCGGCAGCAGCCCACAGUAGCGACGAUCCCGUCCUUCUACGGGUCGCUGUACGACGGGCCAGACCCGGGCACAGUGGCGGGCAUCACGCUGGGGUCGGUGGGCGGCUUCAUCCUGCUGCUGUGGCUCAUUUACACGUGCAUCAACGUAGGCAACACGUCGGCCGAGACGACGGCCGAGUCGUCGGUGGGCACGGCGUCGGUGGUGACGCGCAAGCGCCACCGCCACUCGCACCGGUCGUCGCGCGGCCCCGUGGCCGAGACGGUCGAGAUCCGCCGCACGGCCAGCCGCGGCGGCGGGCCCGUCAUUGUCGAGGAGGUGGUUACUGGUGGGGGUGGCGGCGAGCGCAUUGUGGUCGAGGAGCGCCGCCGCUCCGUCAGCCGCCCCAGGAUCAUCCACUCGGACGACGACGACGACGAGGUCGUCGUCAUCGAGGAGCACAGCCCGCCGCCGCGCCGCCGUAGCCGCAUCCGCAGCGUCGAGCGCAGGUCCACGUACCGCGAGGUCGACCCGGACCGCUUCGCCGGCGGCGACUCGCCCGUCAUUGAGGUGCGGAGGUCGACCAGUCGGAGGAGGUAG